GCAAAACGCGUCUCUUGCUAGAUUGAAGGCUUUUUUACGGUCCUUUUUCUGCACUAAACUCUUUGUGCAGCUAGGUCCUGUUACGAGAGAAUGGCUAAGCCCCUCCCAACACCAAGGGGAGGAGAAUGUUUGAUUUUUUCCGGGUGUUCUUACAUUUCACUGAAUAAUAUCGAACAGCAGCAGACUUAACCUGACAGUUCUCUGUCUGAAACCAAAAGGGUAGAUGAUCAGACUUAAAUAUAGGAUCUGGUGAUUGCUAGAAUUACUACACACAUCGCUGUGAUCAUUUUUGGAGGAUUCCAUUGGAAAGAAAACAAUGCCUGGGAUCUUAAGUAGAAAUUCUGAUUUGGAGUUUGACUCCCUACAACCUUGCUUCUAUCCCGAUGAAGAUGAUGAUUUUUAUUUCUGCUGUCCUGACUCCGCUCCACCUGGGGAGGACAUCUGGAAAAAAUUCCAGUUGCUGCCGACGCCUCCUCUCUCUCCUAGCCGGGCGGGAUUGCAAGGGGACCUGGCUUCAGGGUCCACCGAUGGUUCAGGAGACCCUUUGAACUGGGCUUCAGAACUCCUUUUGCUCCCCGAAGAUGACCUUUGGGGGACAUCAGAAGGUGAUCUCUUUGGAUCUGGACUGGAAAGCAAUCUGAACUCAAUUAUUAUCCAAGACUGUAUGUGGAGCGGGUUUUCUGCCCGUGAAAAGCUAGAGAGGGUGGUGAAUGAGAAGCUAGGAAAAGCGAUUUACGCAGUUGACAGUUGCGGUGUGAGUAACAGCAGCGCUGUGAACAAGGAAGCCGAUCUGAACAAUUCGGUAUCCGAAUGCGUGGAUCCGGCUGUGGUGUUUCCAUUUCCAAUCAAUAAAAGCGACAGCACCAGAACCCUACCAGGAAUAAGUACACCUCCUGUAACCAACAACGCUGCUGAUGACACCCCUAGUGACUCUGAUGAUGAUGAGGACGAAGAUGAAGAGGAAGACGAGGAGGAUGAUGAAGAUGAGGAGGAGAUUGAUGUUGUCACAGUCGAGAAGAGACGGUCUUCCGCUAACAGGCCUAUGACCACCCUCACCAUCACUGUCCGACCCAAGAACAGCAUGAACACCAGCAACAGCAUCAGCAGCACAGCCCUGACAAAGCCUCAACAUGAGUUACUCCUCAAACGCUGCGCCCCCAUCCACCAGCAGCACAAUUACGCAGCUCCUUCCCCUUACACAGAGUGUGAGGAGCUGCCUCCUCUGAAAAAAACGAAGAACGAAGUGGCCAGACAAGCCAAGAGCGUGAUGCCCCCAAGGUCCAAAAGCUCAAGUCCCCGUAAUUCUGAUUCGGAGGACAGCGAGCGCAGGCGCAACCACAACAUCCUGGAGAGGCAGCGACGCAACGACCUGAGGUCCAGUUUCCUUACACUAAGGGACCAUGUUCCAGAGCUCGUGAAAAAUGAAAAAGCCGCCAAAGUGGUCAUCUUGAAAAAAGCCACAGAAUAUGUACAUUCCCUUGAAGCAGAUGAACACAGGCUGCAGCUUGAAAAGGACAGACUUCAGGCAAGGCGACUGCAGUUACUUAAAAGGUUAGCACAGGCAAGGACUCGCUAAAUGUCACUUAUCAGGACUCUCACUGCCACUUUUGCACAUUUUUUUUUGACGUUAAGAAUGUUGGGUUUACUUUCAAUCCAGUCACAUUAAAAAUAUGGAUAGAUCACUUGUUUUCACUUCAGGCCUGAAUUCAGACACAGCCGAUUACAGUUGAGCGGAUCAUGUGUCUUUUCUUUGCCUUCAUACUUUCAGAAAGGCUAAGGACAUUUGUGCCAUACUAUGGGCAUACCGAGCGUAAGGUGGCACCUAACUAAGUGUAAAGGGUGUAUGUCUGGGAGUAUCUUAACACUUUUGGAUCAACCAAAAUGUUGUAUGUAAAUACCAUUUACACACUCUGCCUUUUUUUUGUACAUUUUUUUUAAAUGUUAAAGCUGUCAAUAUUAGACUGGAAGUUUAUAUACCUAAAAGUACUGUAAGUCCUCAAUGUUUGAGGAUCAUAAAACUUUGUAUACAAAUCUAUUGUUAAUCUGUUAUGUACCGUACUAAUUCUUACACACCUGUAUACUUUAGUGUGAUGCUGAAACAUAGCUAAAUUUGAUACUUAUAUUUUCAUAUGAAAAUGAGUUGUGACUUUUAAGUAGAUAUUACUUUAUCCCCUUUUUCUUUUGGACUAAAAUAAUUUUCUUUUGUACAGAAAUAUUCUCUAUAAAUGUUUACCUAUCAUUUUCUCUUCCUGUUUAUAUGUUUGUUUCUGUUGGGUGCAUAGAACUGGGUAAAUGGAAAAGUUCUUUGUUUUAUUGUAUAUUUUGUGCUGCAACUUAUAGCACUUUGAAAUACCUCAUGUUUACGAAAAUAAAUAGAAUAUGGAAAACAAAA